GCUGUAUUUUUGCAGAAUCGACCUUUCAUUCUUGACGCCAUAUUUACCGCGCAUGCUCCGUGCGACCUUUCUCUUCCACAGCUUCGAAAAAAUGGUGUUCCAGCGAUUCGUUGAAGUCGGCCGCUUGGCCCUGGUCAACACCGGUGACCUUGAGGGCAAGCUCUGUGUCAUUGUUGAUGUGAUCGACCAGAGAAGGGCCUUGGUUGAUGGCCCCACCACUGGAGUGCCUCGCCAGGCACUGAACUUUAACGACAUGUCCCUGACCGACUUCAAAAUUGCACUGCCACCUCAGGCUCGCACUCGUACUGUCCGCAGACGAAUGGAGAAGUCUGAUGCGCUGGACAAGUGGUCCAAGACAUCAUGGGCUCAGAAGCUUCACCAGCGCACCACCCGCAAGAAUCUCACUGAUUUCGAGCGCUUCAAACUGAAGAUGCUCAAGCAAAAGAGAGCACGAAUUGUGCGAACCGCCAUGAAGCAGAUCAGGAAGGAAUCUGCAUAAGCUGGAAGUUGCUGGACAAUAAAACUUUUAAAAAAGAA